AGAAAAUCGUUAGCGACGAGUUUAGACGCCAGUCAAAAAUCCGACGACCCGUAAGCCCUCAACUGCAGUAAGUUUUUCGUACCGCUGCUUUUUCCGAUGUCUAGGCACGCCGUGUGAAUACAACUUCUAUUUAAGAGACAACGUAAAGCGCAAGCCUGAGCGCAAUACGUCGACCAUGUAGCUCCAACCCACGGCUCUUUGCUCUGCUGACCAAGGGGCAUUUUCGGGGCUGCUUGGCUUGGACGCACGUAAAUAAAAUCUUCACAUCUGCCUGUACCUGCCGGUACGAAAGCUGCAGGAACGAACACCGCGUGGAGGCGUUUAGAUGUAAUUGGCGUGAAAACCGCGCCGAUAAGAACGCAAGGUCGUCAAACUGCGGUCGAGAAGAAGAUCCUCGGGAUCGGUUUCCUGAGCAAGCGUGACAAAGCCGAGAACGAGAAGGACCACGUGGAACGACAACGAGGCCGCUCGACAGCAGCAGCUGCAUUGCCCUAGAAGAGGGACACGGAGCAGCACCAUGAUCGACUCUCUGUUCAUCAUCAGCUCCACGGGGAGCUUUGUGGUGGAGAAGCACUACAAACUAUGAAAUGCAAAAGCAUCGUACUAGUAUAAAUCGCAUGACAAAUCUCCUCAGCAUGAGAAUAGAAUUUGUAAUGCGGAUUCAACUUGAGAAAGAAACUUGUAAUGCAUGAAUGCGAUUAGUACGAGUGUACGACUACGAUACUUUUGCACAGGAUACAAACAGACCGCGCCGCGGUCGGUCUGCGAGCCCUUUCUCGAGUACCUGGAGACCAUCCGAAACAACCACCGCAGCCCCGACAAGCGCAAAUCGUUUUCCAAGGGAAGCUUAGCCACCAGCGGCGGGAACAGCAUCAACGGGCGGUCGCCGUCAAAAAGAAGAAGACGGGUGAACGCGAAAACGGAAAGCAGGAUCGUAUUUUUGAUGUAUAAGAAGAGUUUUCGAUUGGCGUGAUUUAUUCUGAUGUGAUGUGCACGUCGUGCUCCUAUUCAUCUGGCUUGACAAAUAACCAGGAACAGGCUAUUGUAAUGAAAAUCCUUACCUUUUUCAUCUACUCCAGGUAGGCAGCCUUCAUCAGAUUCCGAAAAUAAUACGAGCAGACAACGAAAAAAUGGCGUUGAUACACAUCUGCAGGGACAGACUGGUCUACUUGGCCGUGGUAACGAAGGAAGUGCCGCCACUGUACAUAUGAUGAUUGAUGGCGUAAAUAGCGGUUCCUUCCCUUGUUGUUUUCCCCCAACCCCAAGAAGCUCAAUUUGCAAGCGUCAGUUGCAAAUAAUUUUCUUUCGUCAUUUACUUUUUCUUUUUGCUUUCCGUUUAUAUGUCCUCGGCAAAAUAACCUCCUACUUCUUUUGGAAAUCAUCGAAAUACAAAAAAUAAUAGCACCGUGAUCGAGGUUCUGGGCGGGAUUCACAAAGUGCUUUGUCGCUACUGCUUCGCGUCCUCUACCGAGCAGACUCUCACCGAUGAUUUGCUGCGGCAGAACUUCUCCUCCGUCUACCUGCUGCUCGACGAAAUGAUCGACAGCUCCGGCGCGCCCUUCAGCCUGGAGCUGAAUUCACUGGAAAGCAUCAUCGAUCCACCCUCCACGCUGAAGAAGGUGACGCAGGUGGUGGCCGGCGGCAAGCCGAAUGUGGUUCGAAACGACACCGUGGACCCGAAAGCGCAGAAGAGCUCCAGUCCGGACAGCAGCGGGUAUAUCGCGGACACCUGGAACACGCUUUCCAGCACGCUGGGGGCCGCGCUGGGGCAGACACCGGCAAAAAUUGGCGGACCCUCCGACGAGGUGUGGUGGCGAAAGGCCGAUGCGAUCUACACCACCAACGAAAUCUACGUGGACACGGUGGAGCGCGCGGACAUGAUCCUGGACGAGAACGGACUCAUCAUCGCGGGGGGCAUCGUGGGCGAGAUGCUGGCCACCUCGAAGCUCAUAUCCCACAGAAAAAAGCAGGCAGGUCGGAUUUGUAAUGCAAAAAUAAAUACACUGAAAAAUCUGUCAUAGGCGGCCCCAUAGCGUGCUGCUUAGCAUAUGCAAUGCAGAUUGUUCUGUGUAUUAAUUUAUCUUUGCAUUACAAAUAUGACCUGCCUGCUUUUUUCUGUGUGAUAGCUCAGCGGCGCGCAGCCGGAGGUGGCAAUCUCGUUGAAAGAGCCCCAGGUGCUGGAAAACGCGUCCUUCCACCCCUGCGUCAAAUUGCCAAAGUACACCGCUGUCUUAGUCCCAGUUGGUCUAGAUCUUCAGAUUUUCCAUCCGCAAAGUUACUUCGACUUGAAGCAUCUGCAUUGGAACUUUUAUGCGCCGUCCAGCUCGUCACAGACAACCAAAAUCAACAAAAACAUCAUUCUAGGUUCGAUCGCGACAAGGUUUUGCAAUUUGUGCCUCCCGACGGGCAGUUUCAGCUUGCCAGCUACUGGCGCAACGACAGCAACAUAAAGCUGCCCUUCCACUUUCGUGGCUCGCUGGUGUAUCACAGCGACAAGGGUCUGCUCGACAUCGAGGUCUCGCCCAGACUAUCGAUCACCAGGCAGAAUAAGGUAAGAUGACCGGCGGUGCCGCCAAGAAAUCAGAUGCUCGAAAAAUCAUGAUGGAAGAGACAAACAUCAGGAGAAGUUCGACAUUGAGGAUGAUUCUUUAUUUUGAUUUUGCUUCAAUUACAAAACCUCCCAGGUGGCAGUGGAACAGUUCAAGAUCGAGAUUCGCGUGCCCGAGUCCAUCGCCGGCGUGACCUUCGUAUCCUGUCGUGCAAAAGUAUUGUACUCGUACUAAUUGUAAUUGCAAAUAUGCAUGACAAAUGUUUUCCUCAAGGUAAAACAGCAUUACAAAUUGCAUUUGUCUUGCUGAGAUAGUUUGUCAUGCAAUUUACAGUAGUGCGAUGCUUUUGCAAUGCAUACUUCGACGACAGCAUGGUGGGCAGGUUUGAUGAGAAGGGCCGACUGCUCGUGUUGGAGAUCGGGAACCUGGAGACCAAACUGCACCUGAAGGCGGUGCUGCGGUACAGCAGCAAUGCGCAGAACCAGCCGGACGUGCCCUGGGAGGAAAAAGCCGUCGCGCGCAUCGACUACACCGUGCGUGGCUGGGUAGCCAGCGGCAUCCGCCUCGACAGCCUCGAUGUGUUGUCGGUCAGUUACACACCGUACAAGGCCUGCCGCUAUAGCAGCCACGGGGGAAGAUUGGAAAUGCGGCUAUUUAACUCCUGAUAGAUAGGUUCUGAAGUAUAAUGAACGUCGCAAGGACAAGGAGGUGAUGUUGAUGACAGAUGGCAUCUUUGGGGUCACCUGCGAACUUCACUUCGUUCUGCAGCUCCUUGUGUGACGAACGCAAGAUGAAAUGCAGCUGCUGCUCUGUAGUUUUCCUAGAAACUAUGUAUAACAGUCACAAUCUGAGAAGAGUGAACAAA